UGUAAUGUAAGGUACUAAUUCAGGUCACCCUCAACGUUUCCACCCCUACACAUUGCUUCAACUAUCUCUUAUGCUAUUCCAAUACUUCUUUAAAUUCAAGCCUUCUUCCCCAAUUCUCUCCCAGCCCACAGAAUCUCUCACACCAGACACAAAAAGGAGAGAGCUUCCAAACCAUCGUCAUGAAGAACACAAACACCAACACCAAAUUCAUCCUUCUCCACCCUUAUAUCCAAAAACAAGGAAGCUCCAAUCGCUUAUGGCUCCUAGCCUUUAUAUCAAUCCUCACCCUCGCUUUCCUCGUCACUCUCAUUUACACCAGAGAAUCCACCUUCAUCACCACCGCAACUUCUUCGGUCAUUGCUUCUUCCAGUGCCCCAGUUUCUGGUCUCGGAACUGCUCCUUUGCCCGCCACCGUGAUCAACACUCUUCUCCACUACGCCUCAAAAUCCAACGACACCAACCGCAUGCCACAUUCAGACCUCAAACCCAUCUCUGACGUGCUCCGCAAGUGCUCGUCCCCGUGCAACUUACUCAUCUUCGGUCUCACAUCCGAAACCCUUCUCUGGAAAGCCCUCAACCACUACGGCAGAACCGUGUUCAUCGACGAAAACCGUUAUUACGCUGCAUAUUACGAAGAACUGCACCCAGAAAUCGACGCCUACGACGUGCAAUACACCACCAAGAGAAGCGAGAUGAAGGAGCUCAUAGCCUCUGCUAAAGAACGGGUAGCCAACGAGUGCAAGCCAGUGCAGAAUCUUCUGUUUUCAGACUGCAAACUGGGACUCAACGACCUUCCCAACCACGUGUACGAGGUUGACUGGGAUAUCAUAUUGGUGGACGGGCCACGUGGGGACUGGCCCGACGCCCCUGGAAGGAUGUCGGCGAUCUUCACCGCUGGUGUUCUGGCGAGGAGCAAAAAGGGUGGGAACCCUAAGACUCAUGUGUUUGUGCAUGACUUCUCCGGGGAAGUGGAAAAGGUUUGUGGGAGUGAGUUUCUAUGCAGUGAGAAUUUGUUGGAGGCAAGUGAGAAUUUGGGGCAUUAUGUGGUGGAAAGAAUGGACGAGAGCAGUGUUCAGUAUUGUAAGAAUCACUCUUCUUCUGGGUCAGGGAAUAAUGCUUCAUCAACGUAACGUAACUACUUCUUUCGCCAUAAGAAAGCUGCUCAGAAUCAUGUUAGUCACCAUUGUUUCGCCAUCCCUCUGGGUAUUUAUCAUCCUUUUUCCAUUCCUACAUUUUUGUUUAUUUCUUCCUGGCUGGGGCCUGUAAAAAUAAUUCUUUUUUGAAUUUUCCCUUUCCAUUUUAUGCCUCUCAAAAUUGUAAUUUCUUCUGUUAAUUCAAAUUUCCACUUUUCAAUUCA